AUGGGCGUCUCCGCAUAUUACGAGCUGAGCUGGUCCAUUCUGAGCACCAUUGGCUUGUUCUUAACCAUCAUUGGAGUUUGGGCCAUUCUCAUUACUCGCGUGUCACCUCUACAUCUCGUUCCUAUCAUUGUUUCUAUUGCCUGCGCUGUCGCAAAUGGCCUCUGCUACUACGCUUUUUAUGCUGAGCACCCGACGCAGCAGCAAGUCGUUGCCAGUAUCUUUGCAGAUAUAUUUUGGCUGAUCCAAGAAGCCGGCCUCUCAUUCUACAGUUACCAAAUCCUCGUCCACACCCUCAAGAACCGCGCCCUCCUCAUCUUCCGCACCAUCUUCUGGUCAUUAAUGACCUGUAUCGUCGGAAUCCGCAUAGCUAUCGCCGCUACUCGCGCCGUCGAAAUCGCCACAAACGAACCCCUCCAACAACGCGUCGACUACCUUCACGUCGGCUACUUUACAGCCAUCGCCCUCGUGGAAACUAGCAGCGCUGUGUUCCUCAUUCGCCUCCUCCGCGAUGCAUACGUCAUGUCCCCCUGGAGCUCACCAACCCACCACCUCUUCCGACAUCUGCUGCAGUCGACAGAGAUUCGGCUCGCCAGUCUAUGCUGCAUUGGUAUCCUGCGCGCUGUUACAUUCUCACUGAGGACUUCUGCGCAGAGCGCGACGACUAUCCCAGGGGAGGUUGAUCGCUUCGCGUAUACCCUGGAGUGUCUAUUCCCUGUCGUGAUGAUCAUUGAUAUCCUUGCGUCGAAGAGAAUCCGGUUUGAGAAUCAUAGUCUUAUGUAUUGUAGUGAUCCGCCGGAUGGGGAUACGGAGAGACAUCCAGGUUGGGUUGGUCAUCCUCCGAGGCGGCAUUCGCGGUGGGCAGAUAUGUCGCCGAGGCAUUCGUAG